UGCUUUUCUUUCAAUAUUGAUAUCAUACAUUCACAAGUCUCUACCUACUUUAUAGAACGUAAUCUUUCCCAGUAUCUCAACUGCUCUAUCUUCCUCCCUGUCUUUACACAUAACACUCGAUCUUUCAACGUAUUCGUCUGUUAUCGCCACAGUUGCAGGAAUGUACAUCACAUACAACGCUAGACAAUGGAGGGAAAGAAUGUACUACAAAAGUGACGACAGCGUGAACAUUACGUAUCCUAAAGUCGGACUUACUGGUCCCCAUGAUUCCCCACCGCAGCGAUUCCAUCAGCUACCGAAAUCAACGUUUAUCCCUACUUGGCUCGUUCGCAUAUCCGAUAUGACGGUGGUUCCGGGGUCGACCGCAAGUGAAGGAUACUGUGCGCUGUCAUAUUCGUGGAAUCAAUCUGGAGACACGAUCAUUGACAAAAACACGGGAAAGGCAAAGCGCGUUGACGAAGGGAAGCACAGAAUCAUCUUUCCGGCCAAGACGGUACGAAAAAAGCCACGCGGACGGAAGCGCAUCGGUCGCAAGGUUAAAUUUGUCAAGUUCGAGGGCAUCCUCCAACAAAUGUGCAAUGACUUUGGAAUUAAAUACCUCUGGUUUGACCAAAUGUGUAUCAACCAAGACGAUCCCCAGGCAAAGCACCAGGAAAUACAUCUGAUGCAUAAUAUAUACAGCAACGCCUAUUGCACUGUAGUAUUGCUUCCAGAAAUUCGUACUCUAGUAUCCCGUAUGCCAGGCACAAGAACUUUUCGUAUAGCAGGUUUUAGCGAACGGUCCCCCGAGCCAGAGUGGUUGCAACGUUUAUGGACCUUUGAAGAGGCACUUCAGUCGCGGAAGAUGUUAUUUGUUGGUCGAGACGUACAUUCUUGGUCGGAUGUACAGCGUACGAAUGUGUGUGGACCGUUGUACCACCUAUGUAUGCAACCACUACACUCUGAUGCAAGUUGGUGGAAUGCUUGUAACACCCUACACCACGCGCAUAACCGUAAGACCACCAAAGAUCAUGACCGAGUAUUCGCACUUGGAAUCAUGUUUCCGGAUAUUCUUAAGGGUAUAACCGUCGAUUAUAAGCUGCCUUUGUCCGACUUAUUGGUCCAAUUUUAUGCCCUUCUGGCGAAGAGCGAUCUAAGCGUCUUGUGCUUCGGAGAAGCAAGGUCCGAAAAGAAUCCGAUGCAGAAGUACAAUUUACCAUCAUGGACUGGUGCUAGCGGAACACAUUUACAGGGCCGUUUCUUCGAUACCGAAAAUAGCGUAGCCGUUGUUGACAUUGACGGACAAUACAUGCACGUAACUUGUACGAGUGUGAUUAGCAAGAUGCUAGCAGACACAGGGGAGGAUCCACGUUCGUGGACGUACGACGAUUUACCACCUAUCCCUGGUCACCUUGCUGAGGAGGAGUUCGUUAUAGGCAACCUUGUAAUAUAUGUUCAGCUACCUGGACACAAAAAGAGGAAAGUAGUAAAUCUUUCUCGUUUGGUUUCUUUCGAGUUUGAACGUCGAUCCUUUGCCAUCACCCCAGAGCUCCAGCUUUUGGCGCUUUUGAUACCGCUUAAAAAGGAAAAUUUGUUCUGGUGGACCGGUAGCCUACUCUUCACGAAGGAAGUGGCAUCAAUUUCAUUCAGUCUCACGGAAGAUGAAAGUGACCAAGGUACUGCUGGAGAUGAGGGAGGAUAUGCGAUACUUUCCGGGAUCCAAUUCCAUUCUUGGCACGAUCGUCGUUUUCCAGUCAUACAAAAGGAAGGACAGCAUUACAAGGCAAUCGGCACAUGUAGAAUAAAAAACUCUGAGUACUUUUUCGCUGAUUAUACUGCAACCCCUGAGACUUUUGUAAUUAAAUAAACGGUAUAGCAUUUCCUUUGUAUAGCCAUGUCUUGGGCUCGCCGUCGUCCCUUGAAUUGAUGGUAGAACCAUCAGUGCUAUACACUUAGUACCACGCAUUAUUAUAUAUUUGGAAAAUCCUGCUCAAUUGGUUUUUCACCAUAUGUCUUUCCACUGCACUUUUAUCAUCAUUGCAAAGUAUUAUAUGAUAAUAGGAGGUAACGGAAUCUCCUGUAAUUCGUAAUAUGGGAUCAUAUGAACGGAUGAAAUAUAAGGUGAUUGCAUCCGCUUUCCAGCUGUCAAAAAAGAUGAGGAGUACUACAAAGCGACCGGUACAUGUGAAAUAAAAUAUUUUAACUACUUUUUUCGAUGACUAUACUGCAUCGCCUUUAACAACUGUAACC